AGCAAACAGCAGCGGACCCGCCAGGGGACAUCGAUGGUGGAGUACGCAUCCAUUCAGGGAACGGUCUGACAGAGACCAUUACUGGGGCUUACAUGGAGAGCUGAAAGUGAAUAUGAGGUUCACGUCCUUAAUGAUGUACAUAGCUCCGGCUCUCAUAGUUAUUUUCUAUGUAUAUAUUGGAUUUUCUGAAGCUGCACCUCGCAUCAGCCCUUACGAUGCGUCAAUCUCCAGGAAACCCGGCUCAGCCCCCGACAGCUGGGAGACCCUCCACACCGACAUGCCUCCUUCUUUAGCCGAGAGCAGGUUCGCUCCUGGCUCUCUAAACGGACCCACGCCGGCGCCUGCCAUUGUUUCUGCCGGCCCGGCCGCCACGAUCGGCCCCGUAUCUAAGAUUGCGACCACCCUCCAGCCUCCUACAACGGACCCGACCACCACCACAGCUACCGCCACCGACACUGGAAUAAUUUCAGCCAAUAAAGAGCAAAUAACUGCGCCGAUUUUAAGAUUAAGCGGGGCACGCAAAAGAUCCACCGAUGUACAAACAUCACUUUUUGCUCCAGACAAAAUGCUGCAGACCAUGGUGUCCAUGGUUUCCCAGCGCACUGCAAACGAUGCCUGGGCUGCGGAUAAUACUGGUUCCUCUGUUACCUCAAUAGAGAAUAGUCAAGAGGGCCUUUGUAACUGCAGCACGGGUGCGGAGGGGAUUUUGGAUUCGUACGAGUGUGACCUGGCCACCGGUCAGUGUUCGUGUCUGUCGGGAUACACUGGUCUUCAGUGUGAGGACUGCGAGGAGGGCUACUUCACCAAUGGCACCAGCGGCUGCCUGCCCUGCGCCUGCGACUCCUUUGGUGCAGUCAACCACCUCUGUGACAGCUCAGGAAUAUGUGUGUGCAAGACCGGAGUGUACGGACCAAAGUGUGAUGAUUGUCACCCGGGUUUCUUCCACUUCAGCAGUACUGGCUGCCGACCCUGCCAGUGUCAAAACCACACCAGCUACUGCCAUCCACAGUCCGGAGUGUGUAUGAACUGUGAAGCAAACACCCAGGGAGCCAACUGUGAGGAGUGUAAGCCUGCUUUCUACCGCAGCCCUGGAGCCGCCCUGACAGAAGCCUGUGCACCGUGUCCCUGCUCCAACUCCACCUCCACUGGCACAUGUCACACUGAUCCGAGUAGCUCCCCAGUGUGUGACCAGUGCCUUCACCGGUACAGCGGCCCACAGUGUGACAAGUGCAGUGCCGGCUUCUACAAAACAUCCAGAUCUUGCGUUCCAUGUGACUGCAGUGGGAAUGCAGAUCCUCGAGGCCCCGCCCAGCUCUGUCAGCCUGAUACUGGCCAGUGCCUCAGCUGCAUCAACAACACCACCGGGUUCCAGUGUCAGCUCUGCACGUCUGGAUUCAUAGGGGACGCUCGAGCGCAUAACUGUACCGGUCCAGCUCCGCGGAACAUUCCCACACCAGCAGGUACAACCACAACAGAGGCCCACACAUCGAGUACAUCCUUUCCCUCCACAUCUACAACCAGCACCACCUUGAUUCCCCCCAUAGCUCGAGGUGUCCCAGCCUCAACGUUCAGCAGCAACACGAGCACUGCACUGAGCACCGCUGCCACCACCCAGGCCCUGCUGAGCAGCCUGAGCAGCCCCACUGACAACACCACAGCAGCCCUGCCUGAAGUCUCCUGGACACAGUUCAACAUCAUCAUCCUGGCUGUCAUCAUCCUGGUAGUGGUGCUACUGCUGGGCUUUGUUGGAGGCGUGUACACAUACCGAGAGUACCAGAACCGCAAGCUCAAUGCCCCUUUCUGGACCAUAGAACUAAAAGAGGACAACAUCAGCUUCAGCAGCUACCACGACAGCAUCCCCAACGCUGAUGUGUCAGGACUGCUGGAGGACGAAGCCAACGAGGUUGCACCCAACGGCCAGCUGGCACUCACCACACAGGGCAAUUGCUACAAGGCUUAGCACUCCACCCAUCCCCAAGCUAGACACCUAUAUUUACAGACCACUAAAGCUGCUGGAAAGCACCAAAUCCAAAGCUCUUUCAUGUAUGACUACUUGUUACCUGCUCGGCUAUGAGAUUUCAUAACACUUGGCAAAUUGCGAUCAAGCAGAUUUGAUUACAAAUAUGAAACAUUUUCCUUUUUGAUAUGGUUUAGUGUGGAAUGGGGCGAUCAGUGAAGAGGAUCCAAAGAAAAAAGUGUUUUGGUUGAGUUUUGCCUGCAGACGGCACUGUUGUGUAGAUUAUUUAGAUAAAUGGCAUCUCAAGACACAGGUGCAAAGCAUACACCUGUUUGCUGAAACGAUGAUCCCGGAACCAGUGGGAGAACUUCCAGGAGGCUAGCAUUUCACAUAUUUGUUUAAAUGGACUUUUGACUGUUUAAGUUAUAAUUGGAUCACUUGGAACAGUGGUCUUCAAUUGAGACAAUGAUUGUUAUUUAAUGAAUUUUUAUUCUGUUCUUAUUUAUUGUUUGACGUUUCAUUCUGGGGGGAAAUGCUGCACUUGUAUGAUGUGUUUAUUCAUGGUGUUUUAUCUUAUGUGCUGUUGGAUGGUGAUUUGAACUGGCCAGUAUGUUCACAUUUAUAGUUUGUGUUUUGGAGCGAGUCUUAGGGGAAGAUGAAGGCUGCUGGCACAAGCUUUUUAAUAACUUCACCUUAUGUUCAUAUAGCUUCCUUUUUGUUAGUGUGCCAGCUUACCUGAAGUAUCUAAGAGGAGUGUUUUUUUUUAAGAUACUACACUCACCAGAUAUAAUCUGUCAUAUUUAAUACUACUGUAGGGCUUGCAUAAACUUACUCUUAAUCGUGUGAGUGUGUGUGCGAGAGUAGAGGUUGGGCUCUAACUCAUUCUCUGAUGUCUAAAACAAACAGUUUUGUAGUGUUGAUACUGUUUUUGAGUAGUGAAACAAGCCUGCACAUUAUAAAAAAAAACUCCUACUGGUCAUUGUUUUCACGUUCAGUCAUGUAACAUCAGCUGGAACAGUGAGCUCCUGUAAAAUCACUGCACUUCAGAGCAUCUCACUUGAUCUUGGACGAGGAUCUUGUGUUCUCUAUGUUGUUUUAGUUACCAUUGGUCGGGUGUGCUUCUUUUUUACCAUGGUGAAUGAGUAAAUCUAAUUAUGGAACUAACUCCUCAGGUACUGGCUCUUUCCCUAAUGUGAUCACUGUACAUAUGAUUACUGUACAGAUGAAUGUGAAUAGUAGCACUAUUAAUGUACAGGUAGUAUACUGUGUGUACACUGUCACUCAACAAGCUCCAAACCUGUCACUCUCAAGGGUGUAAUGCUCCUGUCAGCCCACAGCUUUUUGUAUUUUUAUUUCCUAUUGUCAGUGGACUUUGCCAUACAUGCAAUCACAGGACUAAAAAGCACCACCCUGAACUUGGAACAAAGAAUGAAAUGAUGUAAAUAUUACCCCAAUGUCAGAGCGUCAACUCUUAAAUAAAAAUGGGUUUAACUGUU